UCUUGUGAUAUGACCCUUGUGGAGAGGGAGCGAUAGCUGGACGAGUUUAUCAACUCAAUUAAUUCCGCUUCAUCUAUAGCUUUUCUGAGCGUUGGGCUCUUUGUUGGACUCGGGAAGUUACAGGAAAACUUUGAAAUGAUUAUCGUUAUCGAAGACAAGGCCUCCUUCGAGAGUAACCUGAAAAAUGCAGGGAACCGGUUAGUGGUGGUGGAUUUUACAGCAACAUGGUGUGGCCCUUGCCAGAUUAUUGCCCCAUUCUUUAAAGCCUUGUCUGAAAAUCCAGACAACAAGAAUGUUGUGUUUCUAAAGGUGGAUGUGGAUGAAGCAGCAGAUGUAGCCGCGCUAUGUGGCAUCAGUUGCAUGCCAACAUUUUACUUCUACAAGGCGGGGCAAAAAAUUAAUGAGUUUGCUGGAUCCAACAAAGAAAAACUGGAACAGUUCAUCAUUAAUCUUAGAUAAAGAAACACAAGCACCCACAUCAUUGCUUAGGUUUUCUGAACUCUCAGGAAGCUCUAUUACACUUGCUAUUUCAGAUUCUAUCUUUUAUCCAUUUUCCUCUCAUACAAAGUACUUAGGUUAUGAAUAGAGAUGGCACGAUACCAUUUUUUUCUGUUACCAGUCCGAUACCAAUAUCUUGCAUUUAAAGGUCAUCUAAUAUUGAGACUGAUCCGGUAUUUUUUCAUUAAAAAAACCACCAAGGAGCUGUAGUUUAAUUGUUUGAGGGAACGUUUUUGUGUGGGAUGUAUUUUAUGCUAUUUUACAGAUGUAAUGCAUGGAUAUGACAGAUAAAAAUGAAUAAAAUACUAAUAAACAAAGAACUAAUUCUUAAUUUUUAAACA